AUGGCCUCUAGAACCUUUAGUAUAUCUGGUGGUGAUGCUAAUUCACCUAUCUUUGAAUACCACCCGAUUGAAGGGGUUGAGAGACUUGAAAAAUAUCAGCCUGGUGGCUAUCAUCCAAUAUCAAUAGGUGACGAGUUGCAAGCGCGAUAUCGGGUAGUUCACAAACUCGGCUAUGGUACCUACUCAACCACAUGGCUCUGUCGUGAUGAAAAGUCCGAUAUCUAUGUUGUAGUUAAAGUCGGGACAGGCGACUCAGAUCCCCAAGAAGCAGCCGUGCUUGACCUUCUUAACAACACUUCACCCCCGCUUUCAAACCAUCCGGGCAGAGGAAUGGUACCUUUGAUCAAAGACCGGUUUGUCCUUCACGGUCCUAAUGGCACACACCCUUGCUACAUCAUGACACCAGCAAGAUGUAGUGUCUCAGGUUCCAAGGAUGGGUCGUACAAACGCCUGUUUCAGGCUGAUACCGCUCGCUCACUGAUCGCCCAGCUCGUUCUAGCGGUUGAGUACACCCAUGCAACAGGGGUUGUUACCUUCACCUUGGCAAUGCUCUCCUGCGCCUUCCGGCCGAUUUUGACAACCUCUCAAUCGAAGGGCUGUAUCACACAUAUGCCGAAUGUUCCAUCCACAGCCAUUCUUCCCAUGUGGCUUGGGAAACCGUGCGAAGAGUUUUCGGUUUCAGAAGCCCAGCUCCUAUUGUCGGAUUUCGGAGAGGCAUAUUUGCCUUUCACCGGGAAUCGGUGUGAGUCCCGCACACCCUUGGCAUUCGCGCCACCCGAAGCUCGCUUUGAGCCAGAGCGAAAUCUGUCCUUCUCGUCUGAUAUCUGGACGCUUGCAUGUGCUAUAUGGUUAAUUCUUGGACAACGUCCAUUGUUUGAAGACAUCCUAGCCACUCAGGAUGACAUCACAGCUGAGCAGGUUGAUGUCCUGGGAAGGUUACCUUCAGAAUGGUGGGAGAAGUGGAAUGAGAGACUCGAGUAUUUUAAUGAAGACGGUGAGCCAAAUGAAGAUCGAGACGUAAGGUCCUGGGAUGAUCGAUUUGAGACGCAUAUUCAGCGCCCACGAAGGAAGGCUGGCAUUUCCGAAUUUGGGUUGGAAGAGAGGACUGCUGUUAUCGAUAUGUUGCGGUCCAUGCUUUCUUUCCAGCCUGAAGCGCGACUGACGGCACAGGAUGUAUUGAAGUGUGAUUGGAUGGUGAGAUGGGCGCUACCGGAGUAUAAAAAGAUGUUUAUGAACAACGCACCAAAAUGA